AUGAGGUGUGCCAGCUUCUGUUGCUGGUGGUGCUGCAUUCCGACCCUGGUGGUUGGCCAAAUAAAGGGCAUAGUCGAAACCGAAGAGGAAAAUGGGAUAGUUCUUUCGAUUAUUUCAGAAGUCGAUCGAUUGGUACCUAUCAGAAAUUUCAUCACAUACUUUGAUAAUCGGGAGCUGGGCAAAAGAUUUGCAGUGGCUCCAGCGUUGCACCAAUCUCUAAUGGAAGCCUUCGAGCGUCCGGUGAUUGUGGCUGGUACCAAAAUCGGGGUACUUCACAAUUUUAUAAAUUCUGAAAAUCUGGCGGUGAUUUUUUUUAACGGCAUUCAAGAUCCUAUGCUAAGCGUGGCGCAUAAAUCAUUGAAUGGGCUUCAAUCAAUGUGGAGCAUAUUUGUGUACAAAACGGAUGGAAUUUUGGCUUCGACAACUAUUUUAAUAGAGGCCUUCUUUAACUGGUGCUAUAAUACAAAUUUCGAUAAUGUGAUGCUCGUCUUGAAGCGAAACAACGAGUACGAGAUUUGGUCAUUUGAAAUUAAAUGGAGAAUGAGAAUAUUCCAGUUUUCGGUAAAGACCAUAGGCCAAGCGAUAAGUCACAAAUUUUGCAAUCACGGAGAAAUGGGACAGUACAGAUCUUUGGUUGCUGUUUUCCAGAGUUUGCCAGAUGCAUUUGUGUACAAUUCUUCAAAGAAUGGCACCCCUAUUAGCCUUGGCGGUAAUACUGGCCUCCUCUUAAAGUCAUUUAUUCAGCACAUAAACGGCUCCAUGGACAUUUUGCCACUGUCAUAUGACGAAUAUAUAAAGAAAGUUCCACAAGACUGUACGCAAGAAAGAUGCAUUGAUAUCGGCGCAAACAUGCUAUCAAACUUCAGUGUAUCUCCGCAGAGUCCGGUGUUGAGGGUGACACAAACUUGCCUGGUGUUGCCCUACGAUAGUUGGAUUGCUCUGGAAGUCUAUCCAGUAUCGUUCGACAAGAAGUUUUCUCUAUUAAUAUUUAUUGUAUUCUUCACUGUCGUGUAUGCCGUGAUUAAGCGCAUAGCGAAUCCGCGCAUAUCUCUAGGUGCGAGCCUGUUUAGUUGUUUCCGGCUCGCAGCGGGACAAUCCAUACCAGGACGUACAUUCCGUCGUCUGGGCCUCCCAGAGAAGUUAAUAGAGGUCUUUACGCAGAUCUACAAUCUUUUGAUUGUGAGCCUUUUUGGCAGUGCCCUGGCGACGGCUCUAAUUACAGGUUUGCGCAAACCCGAAAUUCUGGACACUGAAACGUUUUUGGCCAGUGGACUGCAAAUCAUGGUCUUUCCCGAGCAGGUGCAGAGCCUCUUCGACUAUAUACCGCAUGCGUUAAGUAAUCGUUUAAUCGUUGAGGACCAGAGUGCCAGGGAUCGUCAUGUUUACUCCCUGAACAACAGCUAUGCGUAUGUCAUGGAAACACACAAAUGGAUAAUAUUGGAGUUCAUCCAGAGGCGCCUGCGCAAACCUAAGCUGCGAUUGGGUCCACAAGCGUUGUGCAGCGCUCAACGGUAUUUGAGGUUUCAUAUGCGUUCGGGUCUGUGCUUCGCGCGUGCUCUGAAACAAUUUGCAAUCCAAGCACACGAGACGGGGCUAGCUAGUAAGAAGUGGCUGCAACUGGGACUUCGUCAGGCGGAGGCGAGCGGCAUGUUAAGUCAGGCACCCUACGAUCCGCUUAUCCGUCAGCCGCUGCAAAUAAAAUUCUAUGGAGAAGUUUUUUUUUUCUACAGCUUGGGCAUGUUUUUGAGUCUGGUAACUUUGGUGCUGGAGUGCCUAUGCGCGUAUUGGAGGACACGUAAUACUGUUAUCAUAGUUUAA